ACGCUAUUGGAAUAGCAGCCAAGGAUGCGCGGGAGUUUAGGAGAAGCUGUGAGGAAAAGCGCGCGGGGGACGGGCGCGCCCACGCACUGCCCGCCGCACCUUGCCGCCCGCCUCGCACCAGUCAGCAGCUGUGGCUCGUGUUGGCUGAACCAUCUGUAGGGCCAUCCUCUUUUUCUUAUCGUAGGACACCUAAUCCAACACAUACAACAAUGGCGGAUGAUGAUAAAAAGCGUCUCGAGGAGGCGAAGAAGGCCAAACAGGCCGAGAUCGACCGCAAGCGCGCGGAGGUGCGCAAGCGCAUGGAGGAAGCUUCUAAGGCCAAGAAGGCGAAGAAGGGUUUCAUGACCCCCGAAAGGAAGAAGAAGCUCAGGUUGCUGCUGCGUAAAAAAGCCGCAGAGGAACUGAAGAAGGAACAGGAGCGCAAAGCGGCCGAGAGGAGGCGCAUCAUUGAGGAGAGGUGUGGUAAACCCAAGAACAUUGAAGAUGCAAACGAAGCAUUGCUCAAGAGAAUAAUACAGGAGUAUUAUGACCGCAUGUAUGUGUGUGAGGGCCAGAAGUGGGAUUUGGAACAUGAAGUCAGGAAAAGAGAUUAUGAGAUCUCCGACCUGAACUCCCAAGUCAAUGACCUCAGAGGAAAAUUCGUUAAACCUACACUCAAGAAGGUGUCCAAAUACGAGAACAAAUUCGCCAAGCUCCAGAAGAAGGCCGCCGAAUUCAACUUCCGUAACCAGUUGAAGGUUGUCAAAAAGAAGGAGUUCACCCUUGAAGAAGAAGACAAAGAGGGCGGAGUUGGAGGAAAGAAAAAACCAGACUGGUCCAAGGGAAAACCCGGCGAUCAGAAGGAAGGAGAAGCUGCAGCAGCUCCGGCUGAAGGCGCUCCAGCCCCACCAGCAGAGGGUGCGCCCCCAGCUGAAGGCGCACCUCCAGCGGAAGGAGCCGCGCCCGCACCUCCAGCAGAAGGGGCUCCUCCAGCGGAGGGUGCCCCCGCAGCGCCGGCAGAAGGGGCCCCGGCAGCACCUCCAGCUGAAGGUGCUCCACCUGCGGACGGUGCCCCUCCGGUAGAGGGCGCCCCUCCUGGAGAAGGCGCCCCCGCCGCACCCCCAGCAGAAGGAGCCGCUCCUCCUGCGGAAGGGGCUCCAGCAGCGCCGCCAGCAGAAGGCGCACCACCGGCAGAGGGCGCCCCUGCCCCACCUGCAGAAGGAGCUCCUGUGGAUGCGCCAGCGCCAGAGGCUGCGCCUGCAGAAGCUGCCCCAGAGCCCGCACCUGCGCCUGAAGCGGCGCCUGCACCUGUCGAAGCAUCCGCCUAAAGCAACACAGCGAGCACCCGAUGACAUCAAAGGCAUCACACACAGUGAUUUUAUCAAAAAACGUAUUUAUUACAAGAUAGGAUCUUUUCUACUGUACAGUCCGUACAUCUUUGACAUUUGUAAAUACUUUUCUAUUAUUAAAUAAAUUAUAUUAUAAA